AUGUUUACUAAAAUUGCUUCCACUUCUUUGGACAUUGAUAUGAAAUAUCGUCGUUUUCUGAUAUUCAUAGUCGUACUGUUUUUAUUAUUCGGUUUUUCUUACUCUAAAUUUGACGAUGAUACUGAUACCGUUAUCAAUUUACCUGAAUUGGGUACAAUUCAAGGAAAAGUUAUAGAAACCGCUUGGUCAAAGCGAGAAGUGUUACAGUUUGUGGAUAUCAGAUACGCAGAACCACCCACGGGAAAAUAUAGAUUUAAGCCCCCUCGUCCUGUGGAACCAUGGGAAGAUGUCAUGGAUGCCACAGCAGAGAAAAUUGGUUGCCCGUCGGUUGUUUCUAUGGAAUCUCUAAAAAAGUUGGACGAUGUGCUAGAUAUUGAAGAUUGUCUCACAAUGACGAUUACAACUCCCAAUACCACUGGGCGCUAUCCCGUUUUAGUGUACGUACAUGGAGAAUAUUUAUAUGAGGGUAGCAAUUCUGAGGCACCACCGGAUUAUUUGCUGGAAAGGGAUAUUGUACUGGUGACACCACAAUAUCGAUUAGGUCCAUUUGGAUUUCUUUCAACCAAAACCGAUGAAAUACCCGGAAAUGCAGGAGUACUUGACAUUUAUUUGGCUUUACAAUUUGUUAAACAUUUCAUCAAAUAUUUUGGCGGCGAUGAGAAUCGUGUCACACUAGCGGGGCAGGUAGGAGGAGCGGCCAUUACGCAUUUGCUGGCCAUUUCACCAAUGGUACCAAAAGGACUUUUCCAUCAGGUGAUUUAUCACUCCGGCUCAGCUCUGAUGCCCAUUUUUCUGGAGGGGAAUCCACGACAGCUGGCACAAGAGGUCGCCCAGAAGGCCGAAUGCAAAAUGAAGACAGUGCGUGAUUUAAAUGAGUGUCUUAUGGAUUUAUCGCCGCUGGAAUUGCUGACGGCAUUCAUGGCGCACGCAUUGGAAAAGUCCGAUUUGGGCGUGGGCCAUACUGGUGGUAUACAAUUUACAAUUGGCGGUCCAAGCGGAGUUAUGCCGGAACAUCCUUAUGAUCUCAUGCUGAAUGCAAAUUUUUCAUAUCCAGCUAUGGGUGGUUGUCCGAAAAAUGUUGGCUCUAGAGUUUUGAAUGAAAUUGUCGAAAACGACUUCGAGGGUACUAUACCAGAUGACGAUUAUAAGGCUUAUGAUUAUAUCGAUCAUGUAAUUCGACAAGUGGUCGGUACGGAUAAGACGAUGUUGCUGACGAGUUUCGUAACGCACGAUUUCUUCAAUAGGAAAUUAAUGGAGAACGGAACUUUUGGCACCUUGAUACCGCGCCUAAUCGAUGUCGGUGGCACCCUAAUGCACAAAUUGCCGGUGCUAUUAGCACUCAACAUGAAUAACAAACACGUUCCGGAAAAUACAUUUCUCUAUUCCUUUGACUAUAUGGGCGAAUUCAAUCGUUAUCGCGACUUGGAUGAAGAGACAAAUCUGCAGAGUCCAUUCAAAGCAGGCGUCUCUCUAACCGAUGAAGCUCUAUAUCUCUUUCCAUAUCCGCAACAUGUCACCAACUUGAGUCCACCGGAUGUGACAAUAGCCAAACGUAUGGUAGACUUAUGGACUUCCUUUGUUAUCAAUGGCAAUCCCUUCAGCGACGUGCGUGCUGGAUAUUGGCCACCUAUGACCACCCUAUAUGGUCCAUAUAUGAAAAUAGAUGACACGUUAACCGUAGGUGGAAAUUAUUUCAAAGAGUUUUCGGCCACGUUAAUCGAUGAAGAAAAUGGACAUAGUUUAAUCCGAGAAAUAUAUUAUUUGCGCAAUAAUCGCGCUAAUAGAAGAAAACCAAUUAAACAUAAUAGAAGGAGAAAAGCGAAUGGCAAAAAGUCCUUGGUUAAACGCACAUAUCCUUCCAAAAUGCGUGCUUAA